AUGCAAAAAUUGAGAUUUAAACAACGCAAGAAUCCUUUCAAUUGGUUGUCGCAUACACCAUUAUCUUAUAAUCCUCAGUUCAGAAACCCGCUAACUAGCGCUGACCGAAUUAUUCUUUUAAAUAAAAUAUUAGAAAAUAUCAGAUAUGGACCUGAAUUGCAUGAUAAAGGCUUAUCAAAUUUAAUUAAAUCGAACCUUGUUGCCGAUUCAUAUCCACUCCACGAUGCACCUCUUUCAUUGAAAUUGGAAGAUAUUAAUUUACCUGAUGAUGGAACGCAAGUUUCUAAUACCUAUAGUGAGAGAGAACUUUUACAUCGUUAUUGGGCCAAUUACAAAAUGUGGAAUAAAGAAAUUCCCGUGGAUCUAAUUGAGGGUUAUUUUGGAAGUGAAGUAGCUUUUUAUUUCGCCUGGUUACAGUAUUUUACCAUUAUGCUGACUCCAGUUGCAAUUUUAGGAGUAUUUGUAGUUAUUGUGAGCUCUAUUCUUGUUUAUACUCAAUAUAAUUACAGAGUUAAUGAAAUCUGCGAAUCCAAUAAUACAUACUUGUGCCCAGAUUGUUUGAAUCCGUCUCUUUGUGUAUAUAGACCUAUAAACUUUUAUUGCGCAAUGGCUAAAUGGACGUAUGCUUUCGACAACUAUCUAACAAUAACAUUAGCGAUUUUAAUGGCGUUUUGGGCUACAGUAUUUUUAAAUUUUUGGAGAAGAAAAACACACGUUUUAAAACUUAGAUGGGGAAUUAGGUCAGAAGAUCCGGCACUGGAUAUAAGAAAAGAGUAUGCUGCCAGUACUAAUAUGAGAAAAUUCAAUAACGUCUCAGGAAUAGUUGAACCAUUUGUACCCUUUUACAAAAAAUUACCAAAACUAGUUUUUGUGUUCUUAGUGUGUACGUUUUUUAUAUUCUUGGAUAUUUUCGUCAUAUUCGUAAUUUUGUACGUCAGAAUGUGGACGAGAAUUUACGUGGUGAGAAGUGACAUACCUUUUUUUAUGUACAAUAAGAAAGCUGUGGUUCUAGCAACUUCAUGUGUAGUUCAAAUAACUUUAAUCAAUUUAUUUUCUGCCACGUAUAAGUCAUUAUCGGAAUGGUUGACUAAGAUUGAGAAUCCAAGAACACAAAAAGAUUUCGACAAUUCUGUGCUUUAUAAAUUAUAUUUUCUAGCAUUUGCUAAUAAUUAUACUGUUGUGUUCUAUACAGCUUUCGUGAAAGGAAUUUUCUAUUCAAACCCGCGUCACAGUACCAACGUGUUACAAAAGGACAGUUGCCAACCGUUAUCUUGUAUCAUAGAUUUGACGACACAAUUAUUUUUCUUGAUGUUAUUUAGAAGACCCAUGGGGCAUUCGUUGAAACUUAUUUUUACAGUUAUUAAUAAAAGUUUGAGAAAAAGAUGUUUUCAUACUGAAUUUGAAAACUUACCACAGUAUGAAGAAGAAUAUUUAUUAGAACGGACGAAUAAAUAUUUUUUGAUGUCUAAUUAUAAUGAAUUAAUUAUUCAGUAUGGUUUCAUAACAUUUUUUGUGGCGGGAUUACCAUUAACCCCAUUGUAUGCUUUAUUGAGUAAUAUCCUACAAAUGCGACAGGAUGCUUACAAAUUGGUAAAAAACUGUAGAAGACCUAUUCCGAAAGUGGUUGCUGGAAUUGGUGCUUGGGAUGGGAUUUUAUUAGGACUAACGUAUCUCAGUAUUACAACCAAUGCUUUUGUAUUGGCGUUUACAAGUCAGUUUGUGGAACGAGAGGUUUAUAAGCAAACUCACAAUAGUUUGAAAGGAUUUGUCAAUUAUACUUUAUCAGAAUUCAAAACAAAAGACAAUAAAGAGUACGAUAUCAUUGGGAAUAAGAAAAGUAUAUGUUACUACCUUGGAAUGAGAUAUCCGCCGGGUCAUGAUCAAGAAUAUGAGCUAACAGGUGAAUAUUGGACAAAUUUUACAUGGAAAUUAGUAUUUCUCAUCAUUUUCGAACAUUUAGUAUUUACAUCCAAUACUCUUUUGUCAUACUUCAUUAAAAAUGUACCUACUUCUGUAACAGAGCAUUUGGCAUAUGAAAGGCAAACUAAAAGGGAAGCGUUAGUCAAGUUACCAUUGGAUCAGUCUAAAUAUAUGGCGAUGUCACAAAACAAUCCUGACAGCGACAUUGAAUUAUCAUAUUGA